CCUAGUCAAUACAAAAUGGCGUUUUGUUGAAGAGAAGUUUGGCUGCGAUUACGGAGCCAAAAUGGACGGCCAUUCUUCAGACCAUAGUCCAUCAGGAAGUCUCUUGCCCGGGGAAUCCUGGCUACAAUGUUGGGAAAACGAGAUAAACUCCAUUUCUGGUCUAAACCUCCAAGGCAGUAGCACUGAGCUUGGAGAACUGAACAGUCUCGUGGAGGAUAAGGAGAUAGCCGCUAAGGCUGUGGCGUUUGUUGUCAACAGUACACGUAAAGGCAUCGUACCACUCUGUGCCGAUGUAGCCAACUUACUCCGCACAAAGAGGAGUUUGGAGAAAAAGGUCUUCAAGUUGAAGAAAGAAAAUGAUGUUUUGAGGUCCACUGCAUCAUUGAGUGUCAGAACAAGUCAUUCCACCAGUCCAACCCCAGCCUCUCUUAGCUCAGAAAAAGGGAGCUUCACAGAACACAGCUUCCAGCUCCAGGAACGAUGCAGGCCUUGCUCCCGGUGCAGCCAGAGUUCCAGUACCAUCAGUCACUCGCCACAGUUCCACGAGAAAAACAACCGACAAAGACUUACCAGUCUGCAGAAUUCUCCAGCCAGUCUUCAGGAAACCCUGGACUCCCAGGCUCGGAGGCACAGCUCACCCAAAUUCAGAAGAUCCAGGUCAUGUAAUCGCACACAAGGGGGGAUAACUACAAAGGCACUGGUGCAUCAUCCCGGCAAAGAGGCCACCACACCAAAGCAAACUGAUGGUCUGGACAGUAAACCUUCAGCUAAGGAAGAGAGAAAGAAUUCUUUGCCUGAAAUAGUAUCAGAACCAAGUGCAGAUAUCAAGAAAAUCAGUCCUGCUGUCAAUAACAUUGAGCCAUCUAAGGAUAUUUGCACUUCGACCCCUGGAACCCUGGUAACCUCUAAACCCUUGACGACCCCCGACACUCUGAAGUCCUCCGACCCUGUAACAACUCCAGUUUCUGUGAUGACAUCUGACCCAGUAGUGACCCCGGAUUCAGUAUCGCGUCCGGAACCUCCAGACAUGAAAAGUCUCCCCAAGAACCCAUCAGAUCAUGAUCUAGAGGACCAGUUCACGGAAACUCUCCGGAUUAAUUCCAAGCUUGUGGAUGACCUUGGUGCCGCUCACAAGGAGAUUGCAAAUUUAAGAUGCCGACUCCGCGAAUUAGAGAUGAAGCAGUUGACCUCGGACUGUACUGGGGAGUUUUAUAUUGAAAACGAAUGUGAUAGCUCCGGCCUGCGAUUCCUGGAGGACCGCAUGUCUUGGGUCAAUAACAACAACAGCCACAACAGUAAAAAGUCCAAACACUGCAGUUUACCAAAGUUUGGAGUGAAGAAAGUGCAGCCCAUCUCCCCUUUGUUCUGCGAGCCUCUCCAUGGCUGUAAAUGUGCCGCGUGUGAAGAAGCGUUCGGUAGUGAUGAUGAAAUAACGCAAAACCUGGCAGAAGGAUUUCCAGAAAACCACCGGAAGUUCUCAGUCAGCCACAGGUUACAAGUCCAGAUGAAUGACCACGUUGUUGCCAAGGGAGACCGGACAGGCUUUAUACGUUACCUUGGUCACCUGGACGGCAUUGGACACCCUAACAUGUUGUUUGUCGGACUAGAGCUGGACUCACCAGGCGGUCAACAUGAUGGGUGUAUUGGUGGAAAACGGUACUUCUACUGUAAGAAAAAUCAUGGAGUCUUUGUCCCUCUUCAAGAGAUCCUUUGUAAAGUCAGUAAAAAGAUUUCAAGAAAGGUAUCCAUGUUUGAUGGUUCGGACACUAACAGUAAAAGAACCAAAAGCAAUCCGGAUUUCCCUAAAUGUGAUGAUACCGACAGGGAUAAUAUAUUUUCCUGAUGAAGGUUAUGAUUACCCCGGUUUCUGAUGCGGCAGAUUGAGGCCUUGUCUCAUGCUAAAAAGGUGGACAAUUACAAGUUCUGAUAUAUAAAGUGAGAGAGAAUCAAUGCAAUGUAUAUAGAAACUGAAACCACCUGUAAACUUUUCUCAAUCCUGAUUACCAGUUAAUUUCUUAAUUCUAAGAUCGUGAUAAAUACGUUUUGCAAGUGGUACAUGUAUCUUUGUUCAUCAUGGAACGAACAUAUUCAGAUUUAGUUACUCUGAUCAGCUAUUUUGCAAUGAUUUUCACAUAACAAGAAAAUAAAAAAAAUCCACAAAUUUUCUGCUGGUAACCUUUAACAGAUCAAUAACCAUAUAGAUAGAGUUGUUGUUAUUGAUUUGACAGGGUUAAUGUUGGUCUAGCAACGUAAGCAGACAUUCAGAGUGAAAUAAAAAAAAAAUCUACAUUUAGAGAUCUUGAUGGCUUGGAUUCUAUAACAUAACUGAAUACAAUAUACAGAAAUUAUCACUUUAAAAAAAAAAAAAUUACUCUGUAUUUGUUAAUAUUACAUUAAUAUGUAACAUUUUCAAGACUAGAUUUAAAACUCAGGAAUGAAAACAGUUCACAGAUGGAAACCAGUACUAAGUCCAUGAAAGGAUGAACAAAUAUUCUGAAUAUGAAUAGAUUUUGUCAUUGCAGUUUUUAUUGUCGUUUUAACUAUAUAUAUAUGAGUAUCAUAAUAUCAGUUCACAAAUCAAGUAAUGUUAAAAUUCAUUUAUAGGGUACAUGAUUGUAACUUGUUAUUUUUUUUACUUUCUGUAAAUUAGAUAUUAUUCCCCUUUUCAUUAAUGUAAAAAAAUAGUUGAUAAUUUAACAGGACAUUGCAAUUGAUAAUCACACAGACUCAGAAGUUACCGAAUUAGAACCAGUUCUUGUUUAAUUAAUCAUAUUUACUUGAUAUUGAUAAAUGCAGUUCUACUGGUAUGAAAGUUAAUAUUUUUUUAAUUUUCUGUCUUACAAAGAAGCAGCUUUGUAUAAUCAUCUGAAUCUUUGUUGAACAAUUCUGGAAUUCAUUUCUACAACUCUGAUCAUUUUUAACAUUAUUUCUAAGAUUAUGAGCCAGUUCUGGACAUUUUUAGGUCACCUGGGACAAAGUCUCAAGUGACCUAUUGCGAUAGCCUUUUGUCCGGCGGUGUCCGUCGUCUAUCUGUAAACAAUUUACAUUUUCAACUUCUUUUCCAAAACCCCUGAACCAAUUUCGAUGAAACUUUGCCGAAACCUUCCAAGGCCAAAGGUCAACCAAAAUUGUGAAUUAUAUGGUCCCCAGCCCCCUUCUGAAGAUCCAGAUAUGGUAGAAUCAA